GCAGGCGACAUUUCGCAUGCUCAGAACUCCACUGGCCGCGGCGUAUCGCACACGGCGGGGCCCCACGAUACACCUCCGCGACACAACACAGACCGGCGAGAAACGAUGGUAGCGAGUCGUUCGUGAAGGUAGAGCGCGCAAAGCGAGAGAGAUCCGACGAGACGAGAGAGGAGGCGGCGCGAGAUCUGGCCAAGUCGGCGCAAGAGCUCCGUUCCGAACGCGAGUCGGUGGCGCGCGAUCGCGCAAGGGGUGGAUUCGCAGAGCACACUCGCGUCUGUCCGGUACGCUCGAGGACUCGGCGAGCGGUGCGUCCCGUACGCGCGGACCAUCUCGGGCGGGACGGUGUCCUGCGGGAGAGAGAUUUGAUAUCUCCAGGAUAUCUCGGAGUUGUUGAUUCGUCGUCGUCGUCCUCGUCUCCCAAAGCUCUCCAAAAGUCCCGACGGUCGAUCGACGAGAUAUCAUAAGGACUUUUCGCGUCACCGCGACAUCAUCAUCGGCGACGGAGUGUUUCGUUUCUCUCUCUGCCUCUCUCUCUCUCUCUCUCUCUCUCUCUCUUUUGCUCUCCCUCUUUGUGCGUGUGUGUGUAUGUGUCCGCGUAUACGUGUGUAUGUGUGUAUGUGCGUGUACGUGCGGCUGUGUACGCCGGGCGGUGCGCUAAACGUCGUAACGUGAGCGUAUCGCGGGACAAAAGUGACGAUCGGUGGCUAGGUAGGUAACUGCGACGAUGUUCCCGUGGUCGUGGAAAGUACGAGAAAAGUGACGGACCGAGAGAGGAGAGCGCCGGGAGACGUCGUCGAGAACGUUAUUGCGCUACGCUGCCGAAGAGGCGUGGAUCUCGGCGCACUUUACGUGGCGCGUAAUUCGCGCACGCACGCAUACACGCACACGAUUGCGCGUACGCACGCACGCACGCACGCACGCACGCACGCACGUACGCUCGUUCGUUCGUUCGUUCGUGUUACGCGCUCCGGGAUAACGAUGCUGUUGUCAGGAGGGAAUCACCCACGGCUCCCUUGAACGUUACCACGUCGAAGCAACCUGUCUCGAGAGUCUGAGAGGCCAGCGACGGGACGCAAGAUAGAGUGAUAUGUUAACCGAAGACAAUGAUCCGACGAAACCAGCAGGGGUUUUAGACAAUGCUGGCAACGUGUCUUCCUCGACAGAAGCCUCGGUACAGCAUCCUCGCGCCGCAAACAAUGAAACCGAAGUUAAGAACGAGGUCCAGGAUUGUCCCGAGACCGACAGCGUACCCGGCGGGGAGUUGUACAUCGACGAGAAUGCCGAGGAGAAGGAACAGGAGUAUCCGGAUUCGAUGGAGAAGACGGAUUACGGAUCCCUGUACGGUGCCAAUCAAUAUUAUAACAGUCUCUACAACUCGCCGCCUUAUGGAUCCACGACGGUCUCGAAAUCUGCGUCGAGCCUGCAAAGCUCAUACCUAAGCUCCUACACGUCGUCGAGUUCGAUGACGCAGUACCCGUCCUACGCCGGCUACAACAGCGGAGCGACGACUUUCCCGAACGUGGCGCAGAAUAUAUCGCCAGCCUCUCAGAAAUUAGACUACAGCGCCUACAGCAGUAGUCUGUAUGGGAACGACAGGGUACCGCUUCAGUAUUCCGGAUACUACCCCAUGCCCGGUUACCAUGCACCGCCCGCCUCCUUCAACAUCGGCAACAUCAACUUCGCUGAAGACUCGACCAAGUCCGCACUCACGUUGGACCCGACCACGCACGAUGCGAGCGAGCUGACCGCACGGGAAACCGCAAACAUCGAAGUGGCGGCGACGAAGCCAUGCAGGCGCGGCAGGAGGCAAAGCGGAAGCGGAAACAGUAUCGGUUCUGCGGACACGACGGAGGCCGGGCCUGAUCGUAUAUUCAUCUGGGACCUUGACGAGACUAUUGUUAUAUUCCACUCCUUGCUAACCGGGCAAUUCGCCUCGAAGCACCGCAAAGAUCCCACCCCUUUGGCUCAAGUGGCGUACAGAAUGGAGGAGAUGAUAUUCAACUUGGCGGACACGCACUUCUUCUUCAGCGACAUCGAGGAUUGUGAUCAAGUGCAUAUAGACGAUGUUGCGUCGGACGAUAAUGGGCAGGACUUAUCGUCCUAUAACUUUGCGACCGACGGCUUCCAGUGCGCGUCUGCGAACAACGGAAUAUGCCUGACUUCCGGCGUACGAGGUGGCGUCGAUUGGAUGAGGAAGUUGGCAUUUCGCUAUCGCAAGAUUAAGGAGAUCUAUUGUAACUAUCGCAACAACGUGGGUGGUCUUCUGGGCACGGCGAAGCGAGAACAAUGGCUUCAACUGCGCUCGGAAAUCGAAGCGUUGACCGAUAACUGGUUAACGUCAGCGGUCAAGUGUUUGAGUCUCAUCAACAAGAGGAGUCAUUGCAUUAAUAUCCUGGUGACGACCUCGCAGCUGGUACCCACGCUCUCCAAGGUUUUGCUCUUCGGCAUCGGCGGGAUAUUCCCUAUAGAGAAUAUAUAUUCCGCCACCAAAAUCGGAAAGGAAAAUUGUUUCGGAAGAGUGGUGGCGCGAUUCGGCCGCAGGUGUACGUACGUAGUAAUAGGCGAUGACUCGGACGAGGAGAAUGCGGCGCGGGCGCACAACUUUCCCUUCUGGAGGAUAAACAGCCUUUCGGACACGCAAGCCCUGUACAAUGCCUUAGAGAUGGGAUUUCUUUAAUCAAAAUACGGUUGAUUCGUGGCGCUGAAAAAAUAUUACGGUUAGCGCGCGAAUAAU